AUGAUCUCGACGCGCUUCGCACGCCAUAACGAACGUGAGCCGUGCGGCGUGCCAAGGAUAUUGCUUUGGAGUGCUUAACGCGUCUGAUGGUGUGAUAUUCGUCGGAGCUUCGGUAAUCCGUUUUUCACGUGCAUCUCGUGCCCCCGCCUCAUCGGGUGGCCUUCACGGGUUUGUGUUGUCCUCGUAGCUGGUAAUAUCCGUCGUUCCGCGAUAUUGCAACUCUUGACACACUACAUCGUGCGUGUGCGUGCGUCGUGCGAUUAACACGACGCGGUGAUCCGCGCGACGUUCCGAUGGACGACGAACCGAAGCAUUUCGAGGCGGGUAACAUGCCUCAGGACGAGGAACUGAACAUCAGCUGUCGCACCAACAGCUCCGGCUGCGACGUCGACGGCGAUCUCUUGGAUACCUCCGUGGAGGACUUCGGCUCGCCGCCGCCGUUGCAGCCGCGUAAGCUCUCCUUCAACAGCAUGGACUGCAACGACAGUCCGGAGAGCGCUCAGAGGGCCAACAAUAACAACAAGAUCCCGCAGUCUGUCGUUACAGGUACUGCAAGCAUUAGGAUUCCUGUUCGUGAAAACAACUCUUCUCAACAGAUGACGUCUAGUCCACCUUACAAGCGUGUUCGGGCGUUACGUUUAUACGAUUCACCUUUGACACCGAAGACUCUAAUGGAGAAGAGCGUGAUUCAAACUCCACUUCCUUCCAAAUGUAAUAGGCUGUUUUCUCUAGAGAAACCAAGGAUAUGUAGUUACCCAAAUAAGUCUGAGAAGCCCGCCGCGAAUGUAAAUCCAUUUACACCUAAUGGUAUGUUACUAGCGGCAAGGAAAAGGACCAGAUCAAAACGUAGUCUCAAUAGUUUAUCGGAAAUAGAAAUACCAAAGUUCGAUCUCGCCGACUCCGAAGAUUCCGACAACGACAUCGAACAAGUGACGAAGCGCAUGGCGUUGCAGGACUCUAAUAUAACCCGCUACCACCAAGAGUUCCAUGAGCUUGGCCUGAUCGGCUCCGGCGAAUUCGGCUCAGUUUACAAAUGCAUCAAUCGAUUGGAUGGCUGCACGUACGCCAUCAAGAAGAGCAUCAAGCCGGUCGCAGGCAGUAUCAACGAGAAGAACGCGUUGAACGAGGUCUACGCGCAUGCCGUACUCGGGAAGCACCAGCACGUGGUGCGCUACUACUCCGCUUGGGCGGAGGACAAUCACAUGAUCAUCCAGAACGAGUAUUGCAACGGCGGCAGCCUGGCGGACGUGAUUGCCCGUUUGCAGACGCAGAAGACGCACCUGUCCGAACCGGAGCUACGCCAGCUACUGCUUCACAUAGCCGAGGGUCUGCGAUAUAUCCACAGCAUGCAACUAGUGCACAUGGACAUCAAGCCGGGCAACAUUUUCAUCUCCAAGGAGAAGCGGUUGCUGGCCCUCAACUACGACUCCGCCGACGACGGCUUCGACGAGGAGGAGACCGUCGAGGAGGAGAUCACCUACAAGAUCGGCGAUCUCGGCCACGUAACGUCUAUCAAUAAUCCGCAAGUGGAGGAGGGUGAUUGCCGUUAUCUGCCAACAGAGAUUCUUCGCGAGGACUUCAGUCACCUGUCGAAGGCCGACAUCUUCGCCCUAGGACUGACUGUCUACGAGGCAGGCGGCGGCGGGCCAUUGCCGAAGAAUGGAGCUGCCUGGCACGAAAUCAGAGAGGGAUAUUUGCAGGAGUUACCGCAUUAUAGUCACGAUUUUAACGGCUUGUUAAAGCUGAUGAUUCAUUCCAAUCCAGAAAUGAGACCGUCAGCGAUAUCGCUGAUACAACACCGAGUUUUGUGCCCACUCGGCAAUAAGACCAAAGCACAACUACGAAGAGAAUUGAACGCGGAGAAAGUGAAAAACGAGAUUCUGUCGAAGCAGCUCCAGCAAGCGGCAAAAUGUCUGAAAACUCUGGCGCCUAAUGUUACCGCCAUUAGCAACAUAAUGAAUGCCGGGGGUUACAAGUUGCGGCCGACACCCACCAGAACGUCAUCCCGCAUUGUAGGCAAAAAGGUCAAUCGUAGUAAUGUAAAACCAAAAUAAAAAAAACCUUAUCAAUAAUUUAAAGAAUCAACAUCCCUAUAACUUACACAUAUAACAAGAAAACUUCAAGAAAUAAUUAAUCAUAAAGUCCGUUGCAAAAUGGGUCUUAAUAUUCACUUCAGUAACAAUAUUAUAUUAUGUAAUUUGCGAUCACUUUGUUGCGGGAAUAGAAAGUUUAACGAUGACAAAAAAUAGUAAAAUAUAGUGUAACGUAAAAAAAAAAUGAGAAGUAUCCACCUGUCGCAUAUAAUUAUAUAUCUUUUUCUCAUGUAAUGCAGAAUUGAUUCUUCAUAGUAUUUAUCAGCAUUUAUUUAGGCUGAUGUGUACGAUUGUUGUGUUAUUUUUACCAGUUGAGACUACAAAAUGAUUUUAUCGAAUUAUUGAUAUAACUGAUAUAAUACAUAAUAUCUAGCUGAUUUGAAAAGAUUAUAAUUUGCAUUCCCAAAAUUGAGUAGAGUAACAAGUGAUUUAUAAAAUUAUAAGUGACCUCAGCAUGACAUUUCAAUGUAAAAAAAAAGAAAAACAUUUUAAGUGUACUCUUGUAUUUUAAUAGCUUAAAAUUACUACUUAGCAUGAAUUCUAGAGUUUGUAUUCCACAAGAUAGACCAAACAAAAUAUUACAAGCUAAUUUCUUAGAAGUGCAUUAUUAGAAAAAAAAAUAUUUCAGACAAAAGUCGUAGAAUUUCGCGGGAGACAUGAGAUAGUAAUAUUAUUAUGAUAUUAAAAUAUUUUUUUCAAAAUUAUUUCAGGAAACAUCUUCAACUUUUUAAAUAGAGAUUAUAUAAUCUUUGUGACGUAAGUCGUUUUGUCAUCCCGCAUAUGAAGGCUAUAUGAUUUUGUUCAAAAGACAAACAUUUUUUAAUAAUAUAGUUCUUUCAGGAUAUUAGUCUGUAACACCUUGUUUGACCCAUUUUUUGCGUAUUUAACAUCAUAUCGGUACUUUAUAUAUAUAUAUUUACAAUAAUCUCCAACGUAUGUGUACAAUGAACCUAUGAUUUUUUAGUUUGCUCAGCACUUAGAUAGGUGUCAUAAUUGCUACUAAAAACGUAAAUGGAAAGAUAAUGAAACUAAAAGUCUGUUCUGCUAAUUUUGAAGAUGUGCUAUUAUUUUCUCUCAAAUUUACUGUUGUACAUGUUACAAAUCUUUUUUACACAUAAAUUUCCAACUUUAUAUGCGACAGGUGGAUACUUCUCAUAUUUUUUUUAUAUUACACUAUAUUUUACUAUUUUUUGUCAUCGUUAAACUUUCUAUUCCAGAAACAGAAUCAAUAUAAUUGAAAUCGCUCAAACAUGUAUAAUCAAUUUCUUUCCAUUACAUAGAAAAUUGUAAAAUACGUAUGAGUUAAUAGAGAAAUUUUGUUUAUAUUAUAUCACUUAUGUAACUGAUAUGAAUAUGCAUGACAUAGCAAUGGAAGACUAUUAAUUUUGCAAAGAGCUGGUAAUAUAAUAAGAAAAGGCACAGUGCUAUUACUAAGCACUACAAAUUUUUGAGAGAUAUGCUAUAUUGAACUUAUGGUAAGCAGGAGAGAGGAGGGGGAGAGUGUGUGGAAGAGAGAAUGAGAGGGUGCGAGGGAGGGAAGGAGCAUGAUAAACUUAACCAAGAAAGAUAAAGCUACAGGUUGCUACAUAGUUGCGGUAUUCAGGCACCACGAGUAGAAUUUCCUGACAUGCCUCGAUAUUGUGAUACAUGAUCCUAAUUUUCUUUAAUAGGUUGUAAGUAUGAUUCAAUAAAAUGACAUGAUACAAAUGAUGUUAUGUAUAGAUGGGAUAAGUAAAAGUGAGUAAAAAAUUGCAUAUAAAUGAAUUUAGACGAUUAUUGCGACACAAUAUUUUUGCACGUGUUCCUUACGAAAUUCAGCCGACACACAUAUACACACACACGUUCACACUACGCAACUAUUUUUUGAAGUAUAUUUAUUAUGUUAUGAUUAUUUGAAAUUGAUUCGAUGCUUAUGGUAUAAGACUUGGUAGAUAUUUUUUUUUCUUUUACAAAAAUUGCUGAUUUAUUAUUAUAUGCUCAUGCCCCGUUUUUUUCUUUUUUAUACUUUAUGACAAUAUCAGGAAUUGCAUUAUAAGGACAACUUUUAGACGUCACGUUUACUGUCGUUUCCUCGUUGUUUACUUGUGUUAAUAAUGUUACAGAUAUGCAUGAAGAAAUAUUUGAAAAGCAAUAGGAUCAUCGCGCAUCUUAUCUAUAAACAUUAAACGGCUCAUUGUCAAAGUGCAAAUAGCAAGAAGGAGACAAUAGACGUGAUAUUCAAUAAUUAUCUGUAAUUAUAAGCAAUGCUUACAAUAACAACGAAAUCCUUUUUCUUUUCUUUUCCUUUCCCUUUCCUUCUCUUCCUUUCCGUUCCCUUCCUUUUUUUUUCCUUCCUUUUUGCUUUAUACAAAUGGCAAUGUACAACUAGGCAGAUACGUUCUAGUUGCAUUCCCUAGACUUUCUGUUUCUAAUUGUAAUUUCUUUUUCAAUCGAUGCAACAUUAUGUAAACUAUCUUAUACCCGAAAGCAAGAGUUUUAUUGUGUAUGAACAUAACAAGCCUGAUUCUUGAGUACAUGUUCCCCAGUUGAUAUUAAUUUCUUAUUUCUCUCAAUGUACUACCAAGAAAAAAGAAAAUUUAAAAAGGAAAACGUAAUCUUGUUCUUAAGAUGAUAUAAUUUAAGAAUUGAUCGCGAAACUUCAUCUUGACGAAUAUUUUUUUAUUGCAAUAUUUUUUUAUAGAAUGCGUUAUUUAUUAUCUAGCUAUUCAUUGGUACUGUGCCUUUUCUUAUUAUAUUACCAGCUCUUUGCAAAAUUAAUAGUCUUCCAUUGCAAUGUCAUGCAUAUUCAUAUCAUUUAUGUAAGUGAUACAACCGAUGCAUUACAUGAGAAAAAAUAUAUAAUUGAAAUCGCUCAAAUAUGUAUAAUAAAUUU